AACUAUAUGCGUUACUACUACUGUUAUUCAUCCUUGGACCAGCAGGAUGUCUUCAGAUAAAUCUAAACGCUCUAAUGAAAGGCACACUGGAUCAAAUAAUCAUACCAAAUAUAAAAGGUCAACAGGAAAGGCCAGGCAUAAGGCCAGGAGUAAGGCCAGGAAGACCAGGAAUAAACCGAGUUGACAUAAACUCGAUUGGGAAAAUUGGCAUUGCAGGAAUUACUAGAAUAGACGUAGCCCAAAAAGCACCUUCGAGAAAGGCUAUAGAAACAGCAUUAAAGACAGCUACCGCAAAAGUCAGGAAAGAUGACAGAACGGAACAAUUAUUGAGAAAAUUUGAUACACCAGACAUCCGGACAGAAGGUUUCGGUCCGCAUUUACUUACCAGUCUCGAAGCCAUAGAAAUAAGUGAAAAUGCCCAGGUCAUGAUAGAAACUGCAAAGAAUGCCGUGAAAAAGUUAAGAAUUGAUAAAAGCCAGCGUAGAAAGGUCUUGGAGCAAAUACCAGAUGGUAUUCUUAACAAAAUAAAGAAACAAACAAGCUGCCCAUUUGGAGCAGUACAAUGUGACCCGACUUCUAAAUAUAGAACAGCUGAUGGCUCAUGUAAUAACCUGGCUAACCCAUUAUGGGGAAAGUCCCAUACACCUUUUGAAAGGUUUAUACCUAGUUUUUAUGAGGAUGGUUUGGAUGAUCCAAGAGCCACUGAUGUAUUUGGUGACCCCCUCCCUCUAGCCAGAGACAUCAGUGUCAAAGUUCACACCGUCAGUGACUCAACAACUCAGAUGAACGAUUUGAGCCAUUUUAGUAUGGAGUUUGGCCAGUUUAUCAGUCACGAUAUACAGAUGAAUGCUUUGUCUAAAGGACAAUAUUUGUCUAAUCUGAACUGCUGUUCGUCUCCGCAAAGGCGAAAUUGUUUUCCCAUUCCAUUGCCAACGAAUGAUCCAUUUUACAGCACCUUUAACAGAACUUGCAUGAACUUUGUAAGAGCACUCGGAACAACUAAUUUGGAAUGCACACUAGGACCACGACAACAGUUGAAUAUGAAUACACAUUAUUUGGACGGUUCUGCUGUUUAUGGUUCGAAUAAAGUAACUGCCGAUAGUCUUCGUCAAUUUUCUGGUGGUCGAUUGAAAACUUCUACCAACAAUCAGCUGCUCCCUAAAGACAUACCAAACAAAUCAUCAUGUAUCUUACCAGCAAAUCCAAAUAUAAAGUGUUUUCAAGCAGGCGAUCCCAGAGUUAACCAACAACCAGCCUUGAUUGCAUUACAAACUAUAUGGAUGAAAGAACACAAUCGCAUAGCUAACACACUAACACAGUCGAAUGGAUGGACUGAUGAAAAGGCGUACCAAGAAGCCAGAAAAAUUAUUGGUGCCAUGAUACAACACGUAACCUAUAAUGAAUAUUUACCCCAUAUCCUUGGUGAUCAGCAAAUGAUAGAUCUAGAUUUGAAACCAAAAUCAUCCGGAUAUUUUACUCACUAUGAUACCACGACAAAACCACAGAUUAGGAAUGGUUUCUCAGCCGCAGCUUUCAGAUUUGGGCAUAGCAUGGUCAGACAGAGAUUAGCAUAUAAUGGCCCAUUACAUUCUAAUCAAAACCCGCUACUUCAUAAUGAAUUCCUACGACCAGAUAAGAUAUAUGAUGUAAAUGGCGGAAUAAGUUCUGUAACAAGGGGUCUUUAUGAAGAAUUUUCGCAAAAGGUCGACAGAAAAAUGACCAAGGAACUAACCGAAAGACUCUUUGAGAGAACACAUGGUUUUGGUGGUGACCUUGCAGCCGUUAAUGUACAACGAGGAAGAGAUCACGGUAUAGCUAGUUAUAAUAUUUGGAGAAUGGUCUGUGAAUUGACACCUGCCGAUGAUUUUACCGCUGGCGUGUCGGGAGGUUUAGAGCAUCAUUCGACAGCCGAAGCACUGGCACUUGCAAACACUUACAGUUCGCCAUGGGACAUCGACCUAUUUACCGGUGGCGUUUCGGAGACCCCAAUAUCAGGAGGGAAAGUCGGACCUACUUUUGCCUGUAUGAUAGGAUUGCAAUUUCGUGCCUUGAAAUUUGGUGAUCGAUUCUUUUAUGAAGGUAAUACUAACGUAAAGUUUACCCCAACACAGCUGACAGAAAUCAAGAAGGCAACUAUGGCUAGAAUUAUUUGCGAAAAUACCAACAUCAACAGCAUUCCAAGAGAUGUUUUCAGAAAGACUACCUCUAGUAAUCCCGAGAUAAGUUGUUCUUCCCUGCCAGAAUUGAAUCUUCAGAAAUGGAAAAAUUGUGUUGAUGGCGGAUGGUCAGGAUUUGUAAAGAAAAACAGAUGUGUAAAAAUGAGAGUUUGUAACAACCCAAAACCAAACAGCUGUGGGAAAAAGUGUGUAGGGUCACCAGUAGAAUUCACUUGUCUUAAUAAUAUUAAAAAACUCAAAAAUAUCAAACUACCAAAUAUCAAUGGACUCCCGAAUAUCGAAAGACCAAGCAUAACUUUACUCAGGAAUAUCAAAAGACUCCAAAGCAGAAGGAGAAAAGGUUAAUAUCAUUUAUAAAUUGACAUUCAGAUAGUUAGAUUUAGUGCUGAUUAAGAAAAAUGCUCAGUCGUCAUGUCAAACUUAACUAACAAAAACGAGCCACAAGACUGUACGAAACAUUAACACACUAGUAAACAUUUAUACAACAUCAUGGCAUUCCCUAAAACAAUUCACUAUAUUUUGAACAGACAUAACAGGAUGGAAUAUUCAAUUUUUUUUUGGCAAAAGACACUGAAAAAAAGGUGAGAAAACUUGGGAAAUAUGAAAGAUAUAAACAGUUAUACUUAUCUCAUGGAUACACACGAAGGGAUAAGAGCGAAUGGUAUCAUUUAAAAUCUAUGACGUAAUUCCAUAAUGUUGGAAUGAAAGAAGGUGUGGUGGACUGAGAAAAACAAACGACAAUAGCUCGGUCAUUUUUUUCUUAAACUAACAAUUACUGAAACAUUCACGCUGCAGUCGUUACAAACAAUUCUAAUGACAAAUUGAUUUGGGCUGUUCUUUCUUUUGCUAGAUACUAUUUUAUCUAUAUCUGAUUAACAUCUUACUCUAUAAUAAAUGUUUUUCUUUUUAUAUCUUGUUUAAAUUGAUUUAACUUGUUCUUUCUAUUG